AUGGAGAUCGAGAAGCUUCUCAAUCCCGACAAAGGCAAAGGCAAAGGCGUUGAUGAGCCACCAACCAAUGAAACGCCAGGAAAGAAAGAAGCGGCAAAGAAAGAUGCAGCACAGGCCGAGAAACAGAAGGAUUGGGAGCAAAAGAUGAAAAGUAAGGGAAUGCCGACUCAAGGGUUGAAUACAUGGCGGGUCAAGAAACAGGAGUCAUAA